GCUUCCUGGAAGGAAAAAAAAAAGUGCCCCAACUCAUAUGGCUCCACCUUACCAGAAACAGGAGCAUCACAGACUGACAGACAUUGAAAUCAUAAGAGUGGACACUAACUACAUUUUGCAAAGUCAUUGAAGCUUGAGCUCACUUGUAGUCAAAGGAAAGUCAUGCAAGAUGAAGAUGGAUACAUGACCUUAAAUAUUGAAACUCGAAAACCGACUCUCACCUCAGUUGACCCUGCUUCCUCAUCUUUGUGGCGUGUGAUGGCUUUGAUUCUGCUGGUCUUGUGCGCGGCGAUGGUUGUUGGGCUGGUGGCUCUGGGGAUCAUGUCUGUCACACAGCAAAACUACCUACAAGCUGAAAAUGAAAAUCUCUCAAGAACUCUGCAACAAUUAGCAAAGAAGUUUUGCCAAAAUUUAAUAAGACAAUUGGAAAAAAAGGACAAUUUAAGCCAUAAAUGCAGCCCGUGUGACACAAACUGGAGAUAUUAUGGAGAUAAUUGCUAUGGAUUCUUCAGGCACAACUUGACAUGGGAAGACAGUAAGUGGUACUGUAUUGAUCAGAAUGCUACUCUUGUGAAGAUCGCCAACCAGAGCAUUUUGGAAUAUAUCAAAAGCAGGACAUCAUUAAUUCGUUGGGUUGGAUUGUCCCGACAGAACUCUAACAACAUGUGGUUGUGGGAAGAUGGUUCAGUUCCUUCUGAAAAUGUGUUUGAACAUUCUGGAAAUGAAGGAGAAAAUAUGGAUUGUGCUUAUUUUCAUAGUGGGAAAAUUCACCCUACCUUCUGUAAAAACAAAUAUUAUUUAAUGUGUGAGAGGAAGGCUGGGUUGGCGAAGGUGGAUGAACUACUUUAAUGCAAAGAGAUAGGCAGGACAUCACACACAUGUGCUUGAUUAUACAAUAAAAGACCUGGACGCACAAAUGACUAGCCAUAAAAUUGAUUAUUUCUCCCUUUAUUCCCCUUGAAGUCAUCCUUACAUUAUCUUUCCGACCAGCACUACUUAGUCCCAUCUUUAUAUAUCCCUUUAUACUAACGGAUAACUUAGUCUCUUCUUUACACAUCCAGAAGCUAGUCUG